AUGAACCAGGAGAUGGAGACUGCCUUACGCUGUCUAGCCUCCUCCACUCCCUCCUCCUGGUCGAGGCAGCUUCUAUGGGUUGAGUAUGCCCACAACACCCUUCCUAGUUCUGCUACUGGUCUUUCUCCAUUCCAAUGCUCCCGCGGAUACCAGCCACCCCUUUUCCCGGCACAGGAACGUGAGGCCAGCGUCCCAUCUGCACAGGCGUUUGUAAGCCGAUGUCAACGCAUGUGGUUAAAGGCCCGCUCCGCGCUCCUGCGCUCUUCCGACCGUUAUCAACGGACCGCCAAUCGCCGUCGCAAGCCAGCUCCACAGUACUCCCCAGGGCAACGUGUCUGGCUCUCCACACGGGAUCUCCCUCUCAGAGUUGAGUCAAAUAAGUUGUCUCCCCGUUUUGUAGGCCCAUUUCCCAUAGCUAGGGUCAUCAAUCCUGCAGCUGUUCGCCUGCGUCUGCCCCCUUCUAUGAGGAUUCAUCCUACCUUCCAUGUGUCCAAGAUCAAACCAGUUAAUGUGAGCCCUCUUCAGCCCCCCUCUAGACCCCCACCACCACCCCGGACUAUCGACGGGGAGACUGUUUACACUGUCCGUCGCCUCAUCAAGUCCCGGCGACGUGGUAGAGGGUUGCAGUACCUGGUACACUGGGAGGGUUAUGGCCCUGAAGAGCGUUCAUGGGUGCCUGCUCGCAGUAUCUUUGACCCAUCUCUCAUUACUGACUUUCACCAGGCUCAUCCCGAUCAACCACGGAGAGGCAGACGGAAGAAGCUGGCUGUUAAAUACACUCAGAAGAGGAAACCAGAGGAAACUGAGGUCCAAAAACACAGCACUGAGUCUGCAACCAGAGAGAGAAAGGGGAGGAAAUGCAAGAAAGUCGGGCCAACUAAAACUCCAGAGCGGCCCCCAGAGGGUUCCAGGUCUCCUCAGCAGUCCGAAGAGUCUCGGCAGCAUUCACCUUCUCCUCGUCGUAACAGACAUCCCGAAUCCUCGGAGGAUGAAGAUGAGUCAGCCUCCCCCGCCCUCCCUGCAGGCAAGUCCAAGCCUGAAGUGGGCAAGGGCGACAAAGGGAAAGGCAAGGCCCAGAAGGAGAACCCACCCCCUGGUGUAUCAUACAGCUUCACAGAGGCGCAGGAGGAGGCAAUCGCUUGCUGGGUGAAGAGUAAGAAGCUACUGUAUGACAUGAAGGACAAACAGUACAAAGAGAAGGCAUUAAAGAGGCACCUAUGGGAGGGAAAGGCUGCGGAAUACAGGUUGGAUUAUCAUUCAAUUCUGAAAUGGUAUCAAACACAGAGGACUCGAUUCUCAAAGCUACGGGAGGGCCAACCCAAGAAGAAAUCCCAGAAGAGGUCUGGUCUGUCGAGCAGUGACGAGGAAGACCCCAUCCUUGCUGAGGAGGCCAGUGAGAAUGACAGUGACCGUGACAAGUUCAUCCGCCGGGUCUUUGGGUUUCUGAAGCCACACAUCAGACGUCACAACAAGGAAAUACCAGCUAGUUUUAAGGACAAGUUGGCCCAGGCUGAGACGGGUGAGCUGGCUGGGAGUGACGACAGUUUUGCAGACAAAUCCAGGGAGCCCAACAAGAAGUACACUGGCUACCCUACACCGAGACCUCCUUCCAGGACAGGAACAGCUGCUGAGGACCAACCCGAGUCUCCGGAGAUGAGAGUUACCGGAGCAUCAUCCCGUGAUCUCCAAGAUAGGCUGGUUCAGUUCAUCACUAGAGAGCAGCCAGUCAACAGGGCCACUCCUUUCUGCAAGUACCUGGAAACUGAACUGGAUCGUCUGCAUGAUGUCUGCCUGGAACCUGCGUAUGAGGACAUCACCACAGUUCUUAACCAUUACCGGAAGAUGUCCAGACAGUUCAGGAUGAGGGAAGCGGCUGGUGACCAGAUCAGUCCAUUCCAGUACCUAUACUUCUCCGCCAGCAGAGCGGCCUCCUCACCGUCAGCAGAGUUCCAGCCAGGUCCCAGCCAGUGGCCUAAGAACCCACCUCCGGCAUCAGUGUGGAGAUCCCAGGAGUGUGGCUACGUAGAGCAGGUGAACCAGCAGCACAACUUGGAGCAACAGCAGCAGCAGUACCGUACCCUCUAG